UCAACACUUGGUGAUAAUCUUACCGACGAAAUGCGCCGCCACGCAUGAACUAUCGUCCGUGUCGCUCAGCCAUCCAUCAUAACGUGUCAGUACGUCCACGAUCGAGGAAGUAACGAUGUCUGGUAAGCGGAUGACAUUGACACUUAGUGUAAAGUAAAGUCGACACUUAGAAAUAAUUGGCUGAGAGCAUGAUUAAGUUGAACUGAUACAAGUGGGUUAGGUGGCCGGUGCCCUACUCCGAUCUUCACAUGAUGAUCUCCAUCGGGAGGGAUCUGGACGGUAGCAAUCUUGUGGUAGGACGCGCUAAUCACCAGGGUGACAUGAUACCAGCGAAAGUGAAGCCGGAUCACAAUGUCGCUUACGUGGCUCACGGAGGCGCCGAGCACACGAAACACAACUUCGAGGUACUGAUACGAGCCCCGCCUGUUUUCAACUGGGUUCGUUCGAAGAACGGUAACGUACCGCCAAACGCGGUGGAAGCCGGAAGGACCUCGAGCGGGGAGAUGUUGUACGUCGGCCGCGCUCAUCACAACAGAGUGCCCUGCGUAGGAAAGGUUCAUAGGAGCCAUGGUUGUCUGUACAUUCCGUACGACGGCAAAGAGAUCUCGUAUAGGGACUACGAGGUCCUGGUACAAGUCUGACUUGGGACCGGAUUGUAAAACAACACAUUCUAAAAUAGUGAAACAUAUUCUGUCUGUAUGUAAAAUAAAUAUUUUAGGUUUAAACGUU